CGCCUUCGUACGUUCUCCUACCCGUGGGGCCCGUCGCGCGGCAUACGUGUUGUCUGAAGGUUUGUUUACAACGCGGGGCCGGUCGCUAGUGGGCGUCCCACGAGCCGUCGAUUGCCAGGAACGCGAAUCACUUCGCUUCUGUUAUAACAGCUGAUCGCAUCAAGUUCCUGAUUGCACCAUGAGUUAUCCUCCCUACGGUCCUGCUGAGGGUGGCUACCCCCCAGCUUUCCCACCCGCCCAAGGCUACCCGCCUCCGAUGCAGGGUGGUUAUCCACCAGCAAUGGGCUACCCACCACCGCAGGGAGAUGUGCAGUUCAUGCCAAUGGCUCCAGGAACACCUGUCACACAGCCACCGCCAAUGGGAGCUGGUGGUUACCCCCCUCCUGGUGUGCAGGCGUCAAUGGGAAUCCCGCCAGGUAUUCCAAGCUGCCCGCCCGGUUUAGAAUACCUCACGUCGGUAGAUCAACUGUUGAUGCAUCAGAAAGUGGAAGUGCUGGAAGCAUUUCUUGGAUUUGAAACUCAGAACAAGUACACCAUUAAAAACAGCAUGGGCCAGAAGGUCUACAAAGCCGUGGAAGACACUGAUUGUUGCUCCCGAAACUGCUGCGGUCCUAACCGCCCCUUUGAUAUCAAGCUGACUGACAAUGCUGGCAAUGAAGUGAUCCAUAUGCAGAGAAAUCUGCGCUGUAGUUCCUGCUGCUUUCCGUGCUGCCUGCAGAAGCUUGAAGUGUCAUCACCUCCAUACACCCCCAUCGGAUAUGUGAUCCAAGAGUGGAGCAUCCUCACACCCAAGUUUCGAGUGGAAAAUGCAGAGAGGGAGUGUGUGCUGAGGAUUGAGGGCCCCAUUUGCACCUGGAGUAUCUGCGGAGAUGUCGAGUUCAAGGUGCUGUCAAAGGAUGGUGCCGUAGAAGUCGGCCGCAUUAGCAAGCAGUGGUCUGGGCUGCUGAAAGAGUCUUUCACCGACGCGGACAAUUUUGGCAUCAGUUUCCCCAUGGACUUGGAUGUUAAAAUGAAGGCUGUGCUGCUCGGAGCACUCUUUCUGAUCGAUUACAUGUUCUUUGAAAAGUCUGGGAACAAGGAGAAUGACGGACCCGGCAUGCUGUAGUACAUCACAGGGAAGCAGCUGACUAUGGAUUUGCGAGUCCUUGCUUUUGCUGUAUGCCAUGUGUGGAGCAUGUCCUCGUGCCACCAUUUUGACCAUGUACUGUUGUCGUUCCUGUUUUUCGAAUAUUCUUUUUUACCCAUUUCCAAAACUACGCGCUUAGAAACUUUCCUGUUGUCCACGUACAGUUGUCUAGUCUAAACACAAGUUGACUUUGCAUUUUUAUGCAUUCUUUUUGGGGAGGUUCCAGGCUAUCAAUUGCAGGGUGUUCAGCGCAGAAUUACGUGUAGCACUGUGCUUCUGUUUACAAUUAUGUUACUUGCAGUUGUUGCAUUUUGAUCGAGUAACGUUUUCCCUCUCUUCCUAGGUUCAGUUACUCUUCAUCUAUACCACACACCUUUGUACCUUUAUAUACAUAUAUGAUGCGGUAAAGGAGUAUGUUCAGACGCACAAACUAGUCCAAUUGCUGUGGUUUUGUGUGCUGGAUGACAGUUCUGUGCAUGUCAAGCCAACAUGAAAGAUUAAUAGUCUUCUGGCUUGUUAGUUUUUAUCUAUUUUGAUGUUGAGCUCAUAUGGUUUGCCUUAUCAUAGCUCUUCGAGUAGCACAGACGUGCUUCUGUUGCAGUGAUUUGUGGGGUUGUGAAGUUGACUUACUAAAAGAUGAGUUGGAAUGAUUUCUUGGUUGUUGCAUCUUCUGCAACACCGAGCAUGAAUUUGGAAUCUCACAUUGCUUAUUACAAGAAGAACGAAGUGAUAAAGAAAUUACUUUAGUCUAUGUUGGAAUUGUAGUAGAGCUACAAAAUUUAGCCUAGAUAUGCUUGGGCAUAAUAAUGUGCUGCAAGUACAA